UCCCGCCGCCGGUCCCGCUCGUGGGUGUUCCCUGCCAGCCGAGCGAGCGCUCCGCCGGACCGGCUCUGUAUGCUGGCUGUCGCUCCUGCCGGGCUCCUUCCUUCCUCGCUCCUGCCUGCGGGGCGCCGCUGCCCGGGGGCCAUGGCGGGGGCGCCCGGCGGGCCGUAGGCGUGGGGCUCAGAUCCAACGCAAGACUCAUGUGAGCUUGCCACAUCUUGCCCAAUGGAAUAGCUCAUCCUUUCACUUCUGUGAGAGAAGAGAUUUGGAUUCUUCCUGGUGGCAGUGAUCCUACCCACUCACUGAGUUUCCGUGGGGUACAGAUCAUGCCACUGGACUGCAUUUGGAUAAAGGAUGAGUUUGGUGUUUCAUUGAGGAGUCUUCCAACACAUUUUCCAAAUUACCUUUUAAUGGUGUUCUAAGUGAGCUUAUGUGACACAAACAGAAUUGGAUCAUGAGUGAAGAAAAAAACUUUGGUGCAUCCCAGAAGAUGUUGUCUCCUUCAAGAAGUACCAGCAGCUGCUCCUCCAAGCAGGGAAGUCGACAGCAGGACAGCUGGGAAAUUGUGGAAGGACUCCGGGGAGCAAUGAAUUGUACCCAGGAGCCACAGAAGCAGGAGGGCUGCUUGCUGAAAAAGAGGAAAUGGCCUCUGAAAGGCUGGCACAAGAGAUACUUCUUUUUGGACAGAGGGAUUUUGAAGUAUUCUAAAUGCCGAGCUGAUAUAGAGAGAGGAAAACUUCAUGGCUGUAUUGAUGUUGGACUUUCUGUCAUGUCUGUAAAGAAAUCAACAAAAUGUAUAGAUUUGGAUACAGAGGAGCAGAUAUACCACCUUAAGGUGAAGUCUCAGGAGCUGUUUGAUGAGUGGGUAGCAAAGCUUCGCCACCACAGGAUGUACCGCCAGAACGAGAUCUCCAUGUUCCCUCACGACGCCAACAACAUUUUCUUCCCCGUGUCUACUACCACGGACUCUGUCCCAGGUUUCUGUGACUCUGCACCAGGUAGAAAGGCAGGCAGCUUGACCAAACAGAAUUCAACAUCAACUGGAGGUAAUUUGUCAUUUUCUUUUUCGAGUAAUGAGUCAAGGAUUUCAUCUUGGCUACAGUCUUCUGAAGACAUGGAAAAAUGCUCAAGAGACCUCUCCAACUGUCACACAUAUUUACUGGAAAUGAACCAGCUGUUACAGAGCAUGGAUGUUCUUCACAGGACAUAUUCAGCGCCUGCUAUAAAUGCUAUGCAGGUUGGACCUUUUGAAAGCCCAAAGAAGGAAAAGAGAACACACAGGAGGUGGCGAUCCAGAGUUGUUGGGAAAGAGGCUAAAGGAAUGUUACAGGUGCCUUCAGUAUUUUCUGCCCCUAUGAGACUGCAUGCUUCCAAUCCAAACUUAUCUACAAUAGAUUUUGUAGAGGAGAAAAAUUACUCUGAUGGCUCUGAAACAUCAUCAGAAUUUACUAAAAUGCAAGAGGACUUAUUUCACGUUGCACAUAAAGUUUACUUCACCUUGAGGUCAGCUUUCAGCACCAUAUCUACAGAGAGAGAAAAGCUGAAGCAGAUGCUGGAGUACGAUGCAUCCUCAUCUCCAUCUGCACAAAUAGUGGGCUUGAAGAAUGCCUUAACAUCUGCAAUAGCACAAAACACAGAUCUUAAAGACCGGUUACGCAGAAUACAUGCCGAAUCUAAGAUCAUUGAUUCAGCAUCUAAUGCAAAAUCAAGCCCAGAUUUGGUGAAGGAAAAUUCAAGAGAGGAAGGCAGAGGUCUGGUUCACCAGGUGUCCAAUGAAAGCAGACUGUCUAUUGCUGACUCUCUCACAGAAUUCUUUGAUGCACAGGAAGUCCUGCUGUCUGCUAGUUCUUCAGAAAAUGAGGUAUCAGAUGAUGACUCAUAUGUAAGUGAUAUCAGUGAUAAUGCCUCAGAAGAUAACCUAAGCAAUGACAUGGAGAAUGAAAGACAAACUUUAGAUUGUAUUUCUGAAAGCGGAAUCGGAUGCAAUUCUAAACGGAGAACGUGUUUACCAGCUCCAUGCCCUAACACCAGUAACAUCAGCCUGUGGAAUAUCCUGAGGAAUAACAUAGGGAAGGAUCUCUCCAAGGUGGCCAUGCCUGUAGAGUUGAAUGAGCCCCUGAACACACUGCAGCGCCUCUGUGAGGAGCUGGAGUACAGCGAGCUCCUGGAUACAGCGGCGCACACGCCAAACCCCUUCGAGCGCAUGGUGUACAUAGCUGCCUUUGCAGUCUCUGCCUAUGCAUCCAGUUACUACCGAGCUGGAAGUAAGCCAUUUAAUCCUGUGCUUGGAGAAACCUAUGAAUGUAUCCGUGAAGAUAAGGGUUUCCAGUUCUUUGCAGAACAGGUCAGUCACCACCCACCUAUUUCUGCAUGCCAUGCUGAAUCUGUGAAUUUUGCUUUUUGGCAAGAUGUCAGAUGGAAAAACAAAUUCUGGGGGAAGUCCAUGGAGAUUGUUCCAGUUGGCACAACACACGUAACUCUUCCAGCUUUUAAAGACCAUUUUGCAUGGAACAAGGUGACAUCCUGCAUCCAUAACAUCUUGAGUGGGCAAAGAUGGAUUGAACACUAUGGAGAGAUCAUCAUAAAAAAUCUAAAUGAUGACACGUGCCACUGCAAGCUGACUUUCAUAAAGGCAAAGUAUUGGAGUCCAAAUGCACAUGAGAUUGAAGGCAGUGUCAUGGAUAAAUCUGGGAAAGUUGUGCAUCGACUCUUUGGGAAGUGGCAUGAAAGUUUGUACUGUGGGACAACUUCAUCUUCAAACUGCAUAUGGAGAGCAAAUCCAAUGCCUAAAGAUUAUGAACAGUGGUAUGGAUUUACACAAUUUGCACUGGAGUUAAAUGAACUGGACCCACAAACUAGGUCAUUACUCCCAUCCACUGACACACGUUUUAGGCCAGACCAAAGGUUUCUGGAAGAAGGGAAUAUUGAAGGAGCUGAAAUGCAAAAGCAGAGGAUCGAGCAGCUACAGCGAGAGCGACGGAAGGUGCUAGAAGAAAACAAUCUAGAGCAUCAGCCUAGAUUUUUCAGGAAAUCCAGCGAUGACUCCUGGGUGAGCAAUGGAACCUACAUGGACCUUAGGAAAGAACCUGGUUUUUCCAAACUGGACAAUCCUGUCCUCUGGUGAAAGAGGAGCUAAGUGAAGACAUUCUGUGCUGUAUUCUUGGAUCUGAUUUAAAAGACAUAUAUAAAAUAUAACUAUAUAUCUAUAUAUACACACACACAUACAGAAUGUGUGUGGUGUAUGCAUAUGUGCAAAUCUCCAGAAUCAUGCUUAAUUUAGAAUCUGGUAAUUCAUUUGUUUCCUUUACUCAACUAUUGCAGUGAUUGUUUGAAUGUAUAAAUAUCCUAACUUCCUUUUAUAAAAUAUUUAAUAAAUAGUGCUGAAUGUUAACAGAUGGAAAAGAGAGGAGCUUUUACACUACUUUUUCAAUGUGUAAUAAUGUUAGUUCUGAGUUAAAUUAUGCCUUACUGAAUUGCAUUGGAGACAGUAGCAUCAGCAUCUCCUAGCUGUGCUGAGGAAGAGUGCAAGCCUUAGUAACUCAAAUUGUAGGUAGGCUUCCACAGUGCAAUGAGUAGUUCAGCCGUCUCUGGGCUGGUAUAAAUUGCUAAAACAGAUUAUCAGCUGGUGCUGGAAUCUAACUGUGAUCUUUUGCUGUCUGCAGGAAAGAUUUAAGUAAGCUUUUGUUUCUAUUAACUUCCUUCUGAGCUUUGUGGAAGAGGUAGUUCUGAGCUUACGUCGGUGGUUCUACUGCCUUAUACAUAAACUGUACCUGGUUAAAUGUAGUGCUAGAAAGUCAGGAAUCGCCAAAAUUUUCCACUGGGAAAAAUUUUCACUUCAAAUUUAUAGCCCCCAACAGGGCAAAAAGAGGAGAUCAUUUGUAAAUACUGCUUGAGCACUGACUAGAUGAAGAAGCUCUCUCUUUUUCCAGUAAGUGAAAUCUUAUACAAAGCACGAAAUCCUGUGCUUCCAUAGCUUCAUUUGUUUUUAUUCACUUAAAAAUUGCAGCAGUAAGACUUUUUAAAAAGUAAGCAAACUGAUUAUUUUAAGCUAGAAAUUUUUUCCUAGUAUUUUGAUAUUUUCUACCUCUUAAGAAAUAACGUAUUUAAAAUCUUAUAUUUAAAAAAUUACCAUCUGCCUUAUGGAGAAGUGUUUGGAGUCUUUGAUCUUCCUCUGUUUUUUUGUUAAGUUCAGAUAGAUAUUUAAACGUCUUGCACUAAAUCAAUUGCAUCCCUUUCCUGUAAUUUUAUAUGUAUGGUUCAAUAUGUGAAGCUACUAAACCAUAGGUCAGAAAUUUAACAGGAAGCAAAUGUAGCAGAAGCCUCACUUUUGAAUGAAGAUUAUAGAGAUGGGUAGUAUUGUUGGUUUUUUUUCAUCAAAUCACAAUGCCACAGUCAUUAACAGACUAAUUUAAAAGAUA